CAACUGCACUUCAUUGGGUCAGGCAGCAUUGUUACGUCGGCCGUGUCACGCUCUUCCUUUCGCUGCUCGGAUGCAGCCUCCGUAUCCGUUCUCUACUCGGGCGCCGGUAUAAAUAAAGUGACAGCAGCAGUUGACACGCAGCAAUCGUGACCUACUUAUUCAAGACAUUAAGACCUCUAGUAGGCCACUAGUUCGAAUUAGAAAACUGACGCUUUUUUUCAAGUUGACAAUGUCAUGUGAUGCGAGCACGCAAGUUUUGGAAAUACCCACACUAGGACGGCCUUUCAAAUUGGGAACGCUUUACAAUGGCCGGACAGAUGAAAUCAUCUCAGGCAACUCGUUGUGGUCCGAUGCGGAAUUAAAGACUGGCAACACCACCCGCAAUGAGAGCGCAAUUUAUUCAUUGAUCGCACCCGGUCAAUUGAGCGACAAAUUUUUGGAAUUGAACGUAAACGGUUCGCUUCAAAUCAACAUUUUAACGGGAGUGGUCGUCCCCAAAGGAUCGACAGAUUAUUUAACAAAGAAAAAACAAACGUUCCAUGAAUCCAGUGUUCACGUCCGUUGCUACUGCAACACCGCACUCAAACAAGUUCCCACUCAUCUCUUGGAAGACGAUGAAUUUUGCUACUCGGAUAUGGCAAAGAUCGGCAAGAAUGGCACGGCCACGCACGUCGUAACUCAAAUUCAGCACGGCUCCGAGUCGACUUUCACUUUAACAAAACGAUACAAGGACGUGAAAGACGAGCAGGACGCAGCUGAUCAACUGGCCGUCUACGGCGGCCAUUUGCUCCAAGUUCUCAGAGGUAAAACGAUGACAACUAACGGCAACAAAUCAGACGUUGAAUGUCUCUUUCAGAGCGAUUUUCAACUGCCGAAAAAUGUGAAAUCCCCCACAACGUACGAAGAAGCCAUCAAAUUUGCCGGCAAGUUUACUCAAAUUUCGUCUGACUCAAUGGCCAAAGACGUUGGAAACGAGCCACUUGGCGGGCCCUGUAUCGUUUGGCUCUAUCCGCUGGUACUCUUGCCAGCUUCCGACGGAGCACCGGCUCUCAAGAAUGAAAUUAACCGGACUCUGGCGUCCGACUGCGUCAAAUACAUGCAAGGCUACGAAGAGGUGGACACUAAACUCGAUUACAUGCUCAACGAUGCGCUGGUGGCGAAAUUGAAUCCAUUUCACGAGAAAUUACAAGAUUUUCGUCAGCAUUUCAGCUCGUUCCUUUCAGAAUUAAAUGCGAAAUUAAGGGACAUGGUCUUCAACAUCCGUAGCGGCCUCGACACGGUUGCAUCCUUUAAAAAACUAUUAGGACGCAUGGGUAACGAGCAAUUCGCCUACAAUCCGAAUCGUUUGAGUCUGUGGCUAGAAGACAAACACAAGGAGCUCUGCACGAUGAGGCGGUUUGACGAACGAAUAACAAACCAUCAGCUGGUGUACACAGACACAGUCAUGCUAUUCCCCAUGGCCGAAAUGUUACGUAAACAAACGGCAAAGUUUACAGUACGUUUCGCUUACCAACUCGCGUUCGCUUCGCUGGCACGCCCCGAACCUUUCCUCGAUCUCGUGAAGAGUCGAACGCUGCACGCGGAUAUCGUCGAAGAAGAUGCUACACCGACGGAAAAUGAAAAAUUGUGGUGCGAGAUGAACGACGUGGUCAAACGAAUCGAAAAAGAGAUCAACAUCUUCGCGGAAUUAAUUCAAGAAAAAGCGGAUGCCAAAGGAUUCGCGUUCGCCAUAACCGCACCCGAUACGCACAUUGAACCCAGUCCUUCUGAAAUCGAGGCCAAUACAGAUUUCAAAAUGACAGAAUUCAGGAUUGUCAUUACAGAAGACGAUUCAGAUUCCGAUUCGUCUGUCGUGCUCCGCCGGAAGCAGAUCCACCAUCACGGAUGGGACGCUCUGCACAUGCUAAUACGCCAUUACCCGAUCGAUAAGCUGAUGGACAUUGUUCGACUUUUAGUUGAUACCGACAUUGAAAAAUCUUGGGACAAGUGCAACCCUCUGCUCUCCCUAGUCCGCUUUUACACCAAAGAUAAUUUGAUCGAUUACAUUCGGCUCUUUCUCGAACGCGGCAUCGACGUCAAUUGCAAAGACCUCGAAGGAUGGAACGCGCUCAUGUCCAUAUGUCAAUGUUACAAACACAAUUACACCUACAAGUUGAUCGACAUUGUUCGAUUAUUCCUCGAAAACGGAAUCGACGUCAAUUGCAAAACGAAAAUUGGCAACAACGCGCUCUACCUGCUGUGUCGAAAUUACCACAAAAACGACUUGCUCGACAUUGUUCAAUUGUUUCUAGAGAGUGGCAUCGAUGUCAACAGUAAAAAUAACGACGGCUGGAACGCUCUCCAUUUCGUCAUCGAAUAUUACCACGAAGAAGACAUGAUUGAAUUCUUCCGCAUGUUCAUCCAAAAAGGAAUCGACGUCAACUGCAAAAACAACGACGGUUGCAACGUUUUGCUGGCGCUCUGUCGAAAUUACGGCAAAGAUAAUUUCAUUGAUAUCCUCAAUCUAUUGCUGGGACGCGGCAUCGACAUCAAUUGCAAGGACAGGUUCGGAGAAAACGCUCUGCAUUACGUAUGCACCUUUUGCUGCCAAGACUAUGCGACGGAAAUUGUCGAACUGCUCAUCGACAGCGGAAUAGACGUCAACAAUAAAACGGAUGAAGGAUGGAACGCUCUGCUCUUAUUAUGCCGCAAUUAUCAAAAGGACGAUUUGAUCAUCGAAAUAGUAGAAUUAUUUAUCCAACUCGGAAUCGACGUCAACUGCAAAACUCUCGAUGGAUGGAACGCCCUCGUCGUACUCUGCCGCUAUUACAAAAGAGACAAUCUCAUUGGCGUCGCACGACUGUUGAUUAAACACGGAGUGAACGUCAACUACACGACAUUUGACGGUUGCAACGCUCUCCUUCACGUUUGUCGCUAUUAUCAGAAAGAUAACCUUUACGAUAUCGUUAAAUUGCUAUUGGAAAGUGGGAUCGAUGUCAACUGCAAUAGCCACGCGGGAUUGAACGCACUCCACUACCUCUGUCAAUACGGCCCCAGGAAAAAUGUGAUAGAAAUCAUUCGACUAUUGAUUGAAAACGGAAUUGACGUUCAUUGGAAGGCCAAUGACGGUUGCAAUGCGCUCAUCGCCUUGUGUCGUGAAUGCGAAAAAGAAAAUUUGGCUGAUAUCGUUCGAUUGCUGCUGGAAAAGGGAAUCGACGUCAAUUGCAAGGACAACGAAGGAUGGAAUGCUUUGCAUUUCGUCUGCAGAAAAUGUCCAAGAGAAAGUUUGUACGCUGUUGUCCGAUUGCUCAUCAUUUACAACAUCGACAAGAGCGUGAUGACGAUCGGGUUAGCAAGUGCACGUUCCUUCCUUCUCAACCGUUACACUGAAUACGACGUUAAAGAUAUUAUUCAAAUGUUGUAAAAUAAGUGCGAUUCGCUGUACGAUAAUUUGAAGUGUGUUUGCGAUAUUGUUGGCUAGAACCUACUUCAUCUUUAUAACUGUCAUUUUUGUACUUAAUACAUGAUUGCGUUUGACGAGGUA